AAUUGCGAGAGGAAAAUUCACGGACGAUAGCAGAUUCUAAAACACAAAAAAAACAAGAAUUAGAAUCGGAUGAAGAGAGCUUUACGGAUGAGACGUCUGUACCUAGUGAUGAAUUUGAUUCGUCUUAUAACAGUGGUGAAACUGAGGAAGAAUUAUUUGAACUUUGUUUCUACAAUGAGAAUAAUGAGCUAGUAUAUGAUGGCGUAAAAAUGGCAGUUGAGGAAGCUGACAUUGAGGACAUUGAUUCAUCUAAAAAAUUUCCGGAAGAGUCAUUUAUUGAUUAUUAUGACAGUGACCAUGAGAUGAAUUCAUCACAAGGAAGUUUAUAUGAAUCAUUUCAGGAUACAGCAGAUGAUAUGAACUUGUCACAAGAAAUUCGAGACGGUUCAAUAAUUGAUUCUGUAGGUGAUGUGAGCAUUUUAUCAGAUAAAAAAACUGAUAUAAUAAGGGGAAUGCAGCGUUUAACUGGCCAAUCUGUGGAAAAUAUUCUAGAAAAUGAGGAUUUACAGAAUCAAGAAAAUGCAAAUAAGCUCUCUUUAUUAUACAUACUUGGUGGCAAUCAGCUUUCCAACACUUCUCAGAGUGACAUAUCACCACAAACUUCGCAUACGUUCAAAGAAACUGGUAUAAACCCAAACGAGCAAUCAAAUAAUGAAGUGAAUCCAACAGAUAUAAUGCAGUCAAUGGCCACAUCCUCAAGAGAACCUCAAUUUAAUCCUGAAGCAUUAGGAGUAUCAACAAGUAAGAUACCAGCACAACCUGUGUUGACUAAUGGUGAGGAACCAGAAAAAGAACUACGCUCAGUUCCAAAUUUGGCGCUAUUUAACAGUAAUACACCGCUUAAACUCGAUUUGCCCUUGCCAACAAAGAAUAAGACAAGCCGACCACCCAUUGACAAACCAUAUUAUGGACCAAUUAACCAAAAUAAUUUUCACUCACCUAUAAUUCAUAAAACAACCUUACCCAUGUAUGAUCCACAUGUGAAUCCACCAUUCAAGAAUAAUGAAUGGCUAUUUAAUCAAAAUACUUACCGACCAUCAGUAAUUCAUGAAACACCUUC